GGCCCUGGCUGCCGCCCCUGCCUCGUCCGGACUUGGCGAGGACUUGGGAGGGACAGCAGCGCUGGGAGGUGGCUUAGCAGAGACUUUCCAGCAACUGCUGCCCAGGACUCUUUUUUUUUUUUUUUUCCUUUUUCCCAGGAGGCAGCGACGGCGGCGGCGGUGGCGGCGGGGGGAGAGGAACAGGAGGAAGCGUCUCCUGCUUGAGCCAAUGCAGCCCUUCGGCUCCGCAGGAGGAACGUCCCUGCGCCCAUGAACCGCAGCCGUGCGUCCCUCACUGUCCCCCGGCGGGAGUGGGGCGCGAAGCCUUGCGCCGACGAUCGCUGCUGCUUUGCCCUUGGAGGUAGGAUGUGGUGAAAAGAUGGGGCUUCUCCCUUCCGGGGCUCACAAUGGCCAGAGAAGAUUCCGUGAAGUGCCUUCGCUGCCUGCUGUACGCCCUCAAUCUGCUGUUUUGGUUAAUGUCCAUCAGCGUGUUGGCAGUUUCUGCUUGGAUGAGGGACUACCUAAAUAAUGUUCUGACUUUAACCGCAGAAACAAGGGUAGAGGAGGCUGUCAUCUUGACUUACUUUCCUGUAGUUCAUCCGGUCAUGAUUGCCGUUUGCUGUUUCCUGAUCAUCGUGGGGAUGUUAGGAUACUGUGGAACAGUGAAAAGAAAUCUGUUGCUUCUUGCAUGGUACUUUGGAAGUUUACUUGUCAUUUUCUGUGUAGAACUGGCUUGUGGUGUUUGGACAUAUGAACAGGAAAUUAUGGUUCCAGUUCAGUGGUCAGACAUGAUCACUUUGAAAGCCAGAAUGACAAAUUAUGGCUUACCUAGAUACCGAUGGCUUACUCAUGCUUGGAAUUUUUUUCAGAGAGAGUUCAAGUGCUGUGGAGUGGUUUACUUCACCGACUGGUUGGAGAUGACAGAGAUGGACUGGCCACCAGAUUCCUGUUGUGUUAGGGAAUUCCCGGGAUGUUCCCAACAGGCCCACCAGGAGGAUCUGAGUGACCUUUAUCAAGAGGGUUGUGGGAAGAAAAUGUAUUCAUUUUUGAGAGGAACCAAACAACUGCAGGUGCUAAGGUUUCUGGGAAUCUCCAUUGGAGUGACACAAAUCCUGGCCAUGAUUCUCACCAUAACUCUGCUCUGGGCUCUCUAUUAUGAUAGAAGGGAACCUGGGACAGACCAAAUGAUGUCCCUGAAGAAUGAUACAACUCAACACCUGUCAUGUCACUCAGUAGAACUGUUGAAACCAAGCCUGUCAAGGAUCUUUGAACAUACUUCUAUGGCAAACAGCUUUAAUACACACUUCGAGAUGGAGGAAUUAUAGAGAAUGUCAAAGAAGGAAAUCACAAAUUUAUUUCAUUGGACUUAUGAUUUUUUGAGCACACUUAACUGUUUUAGAAAUGUGUAGAAAUAAAAAUGUUGCCUUAAAGAAUUCCUAAGGAUAUAAUUUUCAACCUUUUAAAAUGAAGAGAGAAAAGUUUCCUAUAAGUCACCACCUGGACAAUGGUCAAUGCCCUUUAUACUGCUGAGGAGAGAUCUAAUACCCACUUUAUAGCCUGUGUUAAGAUUUUUUCUGAAUACAGUUAUGCUUUGAGGUUAUGCUUUGGUACAGUUCAACCAAUGUUUCUGCAGCAAUGUAAACAAGUCAUGCUAUGAUAGGAUUGGAGUUAUAGUAAAGUGUGACUUCCAUAAGCUUGCUAGUAUAUAAAGUACCAAUUAACUGCUAACCUUGGAAGUUAGACAGUACUAAUGAUUUUUUAUUACUUGGUGAUAGUCUUUUGAAGGUAAAUAGAUUAUACAUAAGAAAACUGAAGAUUGGUGACUACCUAAAUGUGAUUUUUGCUAGUUACUAAAAUAUUCUCACUACUUACAAGAGCAUACUAAUGUAUUGUCUUAAACUGAUCAGGGAUCUAUGUGUAUAUAAGAGUCUGUGUGAAGUCUGUAUAAUUCAAUAGAUUUAAGUUCUUGUAAUGUUAAAAAUAACAAUUGUGAAAAGGAUAAAUUUGUCUUGUAUAGUACCAUUAUUUUUAACCUUUCCUGUUAAUAGAGGUUUAGAAUUCUGUCUUGGGUUUAUAUUACAUACAUAACUGUUAAUUUAAAUACUUAACCACUAAUUUGAAAAAUUGCUAGUGUGAUCCAAAGGAGUCAUUAUAAUGCAGAAUGUAGUCUGGUCUCUAGGAAGUAUUAAUAAGAAAGUUUACACAUAACUUAGUUCAUUCAGCAAAGACUGGAUAUUAUCUUUCUCUCUAAGACUCUUUUUGACACUAAACAGUUUUUUAAAAAGCUUAUCUUUGUCAGUCUCCAAGUCUGAAUAUCAUUCUACAGAGAAUAGUGUUCCCUUUCUCAAGCAGAAUGCUAUGAGAAUCAUAAAAAUAAGUGACAACUUAAAUAGAGAAUUUCUUUGCUCUAUUACACUUUGCUUUAUUUCCCUGAACUACACAGAUUAUUAAAUUUUUUACAAGAUUAAAAUAUAUUUAUUUGAAAUGGGAAAAGUGCAUUUUACUGUAUUUUGUGUAUUAUGUUUAUUUCUCAGAAAAUGGAGAGAAAAUUAAAACUUGUCAAUAAAUAUUUUCUAGAGAGUAA